UGAAAGUUAAGGGGUCUCCUACGUAACUUCUCUGUUCUGUUCUGUUCGGUUCACCGCUUCUUCUCUCUCAAAAGCAGGAGCAGAAGAAACGAUACACACGCAGUCGCUAUCGGCAAAAUUAACGGUCGCCGGUCUCUUCCUUCAGUAUGCCACAAGAGCUUCCUGGGUUUUACUAUGAUGCGGAGAAGAAUCGCUACUUUCCUAUCAAAGGCCCAAUUCCGGGCUCUUCUCGUUCUUCUUCAAGCACUACCCGGAAAGAACCUACAGAGGCUACGAACAUUUGCAGGAGUGUUGCUGUGAAAAUAUCUAAGUUGCUUCAGUUUAGGGAAGUGAAUGGUAAUGUUGUUGCCUUCAAUAAAAGGAAGCUUAAUGUUAAGGAGGAAAUUCAUAAGAUACAAGCAUCCGAACCCGUGGUGCACAAGUAUCGAGGGACAGAUAGGGUAGGAGAAAGUGCAUUGGAACAGAUUCGUCUUGCUGUUUGUACACCGGAGGGUCAAACUGAAAUGGAUGUUCUGUUAGCAGGCAGUGUAAAUGGUUCUGUGAGUUGCUAUGAAGUUGGAAAUGUUGGACAAUUUUUUGAUAAUGGGGUGGUAUGCACUCCAGAUCUUGUGAGGCCUCACAACAGAGAAAACAAAGUAAAGCGGAGUAAGGAUUGUCUUCAUAUUUUGAGAAGCGCAGGACUCCCAAUUCAAAUGUCAUCUGGUAUAUCCAGUAUAAAAUUGUCUUCAAAGCAGUCUCCAUCGAAUGUUGAUGGUGGUUCUAACAGCCAGUUCGCGCUGGUAUCUACUCUGGGCUCAGAAAAAUCUGGUGGUUCUGUUUAUGUUCUUGAUCUCUCUGAACCUCUAGAUUUUAGGCAAUUCCUUCCUAUCAUCUGGCGGAGGAUACAUGAUGUUGCUUCUUUCGAUUGUACCAUAUGGACUUCAGAUUGCAAUUCUAAUGCCAGUAAAGCAGUGAUUGGAACUAAUUUGGGAGCUGCUCUAGUCAAUUUGGAGAGUGGAGCGUCAUCAUGGGUGUGUCGUUGUAGCAGUGAUGUGUUGGCGCAGCAAUUUCAUAAUUCGGAAAAUGUUGUUUUAUGCGGACUCAGAAAUGGGGCAAUUUUGACUGUUGACGUUCGUGAGAAGCAAGCAGGGGAAUCUUCCAGACUUGUUAGGCAACGAAUACCCUACUCAAGAACUAAUCAAAAUUCUAAUAGACGGUGGUUUGAGGUCAAAGGAAACAUAUGUGCUUCUCACACCACUUAUAUGCCUUCUUCUAUUACAAGUUUGGUAUCACUUCAGCUCUACGACCAGUACUUCUUGGCAAGCUCGAUGGAUGGAUCGAUUAAGCUUUAUGAUCAUCGCCUAACUAAGAGAGGAGGUGUACAAUCUUAUGAAGGGAAUGUGAACUCCCAUACUCAUUUGCAGCUUGGAGUUGAUCCAUCUGAGAGAUUUAUAUUGUCAGGUGGAGAGGACUGCAAAGUUAAGCUUUGGAGUCUCAAGUCUGGUGAGCUGCUUUUUGAUGAUAAAUUCUCGAAUUCAGUCUGCUCAACAAUAUGCUGGCAGAGAUCUGAAAAGUGUAGGGGAUUGCUAAAUGAAGCCUGGUUAGGAUCAAAGGAAGGACUAUUCAACAUGCACUGGUUCUGAUCCAUCAAUUGGCUCAUAAAGAAACAAACUGUGUUUUUUUUCCCGUCUCGGAUAUAGGAAGAAGCAGCAAUAUCGUGCAAAUGUACAGAGCACAAAAUUUUGACACCUCCAGUGCGGUGUAGAAUGCAGCAAGAACUUUCAAUCUACAGGAAGGGCUUUAUACCGAGUGUUGUAAAUGGGUUGGAUCCUCUUCUACUACCCUCAAAAGCUUAGUUUUUCUUGUUAUUUUAUUAUUUGCUUUAUUUACUCCUUGAAAAAAUUUCUUAGAAUGUUUAUCCUUAGUUUUAUGCCUAUGUUUAAAUUACAAUUUAGAGGCAUGUACAUGAAUUAUUUCAUUGAUUCUUCAAAAAGGAUAGGAAAAUAGAAGGGAGGGCAGUUAGAAGGAGCAGAGAGAACUUUUAUGCAGCUUUACAUGCAGGUGCAGCAGCUACCUGAGUAGCACUGGACUUGUGUCCAUCUCCAUAGAAGCCUACUGUGUAGUUUUGAUUUGGAAAGUAGAGUGUGGUUACUGUAUGCAGAGACUAGAGAACACCAAGAAGAAGAAGAAAAUUCUGAUAAACUGCAUGGAUGCCACGUUCGCUCUGAUAAACUGCUUUUGAGUAAAAGAAAGAAAAGCUGCAAAAGAGAUUUUAUGAGGUGAUGGCAAAGGGGAGGAACUGGUGUUGUGAGGAGUUUUUUUUUAUCUUUAUUGAGAUGAUGGAAGUUACUUUGUUUGCUUUAAACUGACAAGAGUGAUGCUCUCAUCACCAAUUACUACGCCAUCCCAAUUUCCCAUUCUGGACUUGGACUUGAACUUGCUUUCUGGGAAGAUCUUAGAAUGGAAAAAAUCAUUGAAACAAAAUCCAUUA